AAAACAUCGGGCGUUGGCUUAUGAUUAUAAUAGAUGAUUAUUAAAACGAUAAAGAAAACAUAUUAAUUUUCAAAUGAAUUACGGAAAGAAAUCUCCUAGUAUGGGUACACCAUCGCUAUAUUCUCACGUUACUACACGUAGCAGCGCAAAUUUAAAAUCUUCGCGAUCAAUGCGAAGCGUUAAAACAUGUUGGUAUCAAAAACCAAUUUUAACAAAUGCUUAUUUAGAUAUUCAAAGAGGUGCUAUGUUUACAGCAUUAUUUUCAUUGUCAUUAGCUAUCUUUACUAUUUGUACAUCAAUAUUCGAUCUUUAUUGUCUCUCUCAAGCUACACCAGGUUCAACACAUUAUGGUUAUUAUAUAAUAUCCUAUGAAUUUGUUUACGUGGGUAAUCGACAUGUACGUAAUACUCUAGUUGUGUUUGCUUUGUUCUCUACGCUUAGUGGAAUUGCAGUACUUGCAACAUCCUUAAUGUUAAUAGCUGCUUUACGAAAAGAAUAUGAAAGGAAAAUGAUACCAUGGCUUUACAGUUUUGCAGCUUUCACUGUUUUCAGAUUAUUUGCUUUUAUAUUUUAUAGUGUAGUAAAUGAUAUGAUAUUUGCUUAUAAUAUUACAAUGUGUAUUUUAUGGAUAAUAUUCAUUUGCUUUUCUAUUUACGGAUGGUUAAUCGUUUAUUCUCUAUAUGUGGAAUUAUGUGAUCUUACAAGAUUAGAAGAUUUGGCUCAUUUGAGAAUCGGUACUAUGCAAUCAUUGAAUGCAUCUACUACACAUUCUAUCGCAGGUUCUCGUCCAACAACACCACAUAGCGCAGUAUCGGCACUGCCUGCAAAUUAACAAUUAAAUAAUU